CCGCGCCGCGCGUCGCUCAGUCGAGCUCGGUCGUCGCAGCGGGUCGCAUGGCGUGCAAUGGCCAGUAAUUUAGGUUUGUUGUGUCUGCCAGUUAAACAGCACGCUCAGAUCCACGCAUGUGAACAGCUGGACGGACCAUCGUCAGUCGGAGAGUGGAACGACGACGACUCCGCGGGAUAGACGGUCAUCGCUAACCUUUCUUUCGCCUGUAUUCUCGACACCUCGAGAAUCCGUUAGGAAAAUGGAGAGGAAGAUCCAGUGCGAGGAUACUUCGACGGGCAACAGCCUGCGUAAUCGCAUUUGGAGCGACGGCGCCGAGAGCGACGAUGAGAUCACCAACGAGAACACGUUGCUCAACGAGAACGAUGAGCCGAGGCCGAAUCAUUCCACCCCAGCAGAUUGCAACGUCUGCCCGGUCGCCACGUUCACGGAGGAGAAAAUGCGCCGUAAGUUGCGAUUUUUCUUCAUGAACCCGAUCGAGAAGUGGCAAGCGAAGCGGCGUUUCCCGUACAAAUUCAUCGUCCAGGUCAUCAAGAUCAUUCUUGUGACCGUGCAGCUUUGCCUGUUCGCGCACAACAAUUACAUGCACGUAAACUACACGUGGGACAACCGAAUCACGUUCUCCCAUCUCUUCCUCAUGGGAUGGGAUUCCACUCAAGAGACGCCGGCGUAUCCGCCCGCGACCGGACCGCUGGCGGUGUACAAGCGGAGCGAUUUCUUCGAAGCCAUCGAUUACGCUCUGCACGGCUAUUACAACAUCGAUGACGCGAUCGGCUCGUACUCGUACAUCGCCGAGGAUAACUCAAUCGGGCCCGUGACCCUGUGCCUCUACGAGUACAAGGAGGGCGUCAUAUUCGGCUUCAACGAGAGCUACGUGUUCGACAGCGAGAUCGUGGAGACGUGCACGAACAUCAGCCUGGAGGCCUUCAGCUCGUCCAACUCGUCGCAAGUGCUUCUCCACCAGAAGAACAUCAACGUCAACUUCUCCGCGCUGGUGCGCGCCCACCUCAAGUUCGCCCUGAAGACGGUGAACCUGAAAGCGGCCGGGCCGAUGACGCCCCCGGACUGCUACCGGUUCAACGUGAUGAUCGACUUCGACAACCGCGACUUCGACGGGCAGAUGCUGCUCUCGCUGGACGCCGAGGCGAGGAAGCUGCAGUGCAAGGGCGACACCCGCUACAUCACGAACCACCGCAUCGAGUCGGCGCUGAGAACUCUCCUGAAUCUGUUCGUCAUACUGAUCUGCUCGAUCUCCCUGCUGCUGUGCUCGCGGGCGAUAUACCGGGCGCAGCUGCUCAAGUUCGAGACGAUGAGCUUCUUCAAGAAGAUGUACGGCAAGACGCUGAGCCUGGAGGGUCGCCUGGAGUUCCUGAACCUCUGGUACAUCAUGAUCAUCGUCAACGAUCUGCUGAUCAUCAUCGGCACCAUCAUUAAGGAGCAGAUCGAGCGCAAGCACUCGGAGAUCGAUCACUGGAACGUCUGCAGCAUCUCCCUCGGUACCGGCAAUCUGCUCGUGUGGUUCGGCGUGUUGCGCUACCUCGGCUUCUUCAAGACGUACAACGUCGUCAUCCUGACGCUGAAGAAGGCGACGCCGAAGGUCGCGAGGUUCCUGAUCUGCGCGGUGCUCAUCUACGCCGGCUUCACGUUCUGCGGCUGGCUGGUGCUCGGUCCGUACAACAUGAAAUUCCGCUCGCUCGCGACCACGUCCGAGUGCCUGUUCGCGCUGAUCAACGGCGACGACAUGUUCGCCACGUUCUCCAUCACGUUCUCCAAGUCGGCGGUGCUCUGGUGGUUCUCUAGGAUUUAUUUAUACUCGUUCAUCUCGCUGUACAUUUACGUCGUCUUAAGUUUAUUCAUUUCUGUGAUAAUGGACGCGUACGACACGAUCAAGAUCUAUUAUCGCGAAGGCUUCCCCAAGAACGAUCUGCAAACGUUCAUAGCGCCGUGCACGGACGAGGCGUCGAGCGGCAUCUUCAGGGACGACUUCGAGAAGAGCGACCUGUCCGAGCUGCUCGAUCGAUUUUUUUGUUGUCGGAAAAGGCCCUUAUACGGGCCCUUCUCGGAAUCCAAGUCGGAGCAAGCGUGCGGAGCCAUGUGCAUCUAGCCCGUUAUUAUUAGAGAGCGCUAGCAAAUGUUACGGCGCGACCGUCGACACGUACAAUUCCAGAUCAAUUGCACCGACAUCUUUGAUUUAAUAAUUCCGUUUGGCAAAUAAUCCUUCCUUUUCAAUAGUAAUAAAAAAAAGUUAAUCGUGCCUUUACAAUGUGACUUCAUAGUAAUACAGGACAUCCGUCUCUCUCUCUACAUAAUUCACAAAAACUGUACCGCUAUGAAGAAAAUUGUAAUUGCUAGAAAAUAAUCGGCACUUUAAAAAUAAGAAUGGAAUAAAAGUCAAAUAAUUUGUCAAAAAAAGCAGCAAUGCGUGAUAGAUGUUGGUGCAAUCGGAUCAAACAUAUAGACAAAGUAUUUUCACAAAUUUUUGUUGAUAGUGAGCGCUACGUUGCAACAAUGCGAUCACCGUAACGACUUCUUGUUACUGCCAUAUAAAUCCAAUGUAAUAUCUUAGAAAAAAAUGUCUAUUAUGUAUUAUGCGCAGUCAGUAUAUACUAAUUUUAUUAUUUUUUUUUUUAAAUAAUUGUAUAGCAAGAAAGCAGCUUUAUGAUUAUUAGACGAUUCUCUACUGAACGGCUUUUAAAUAUCCACUAACUUCCAACGUAUUGAUUAAGUAAAUGCCAAUGUUUCCAAUAUAUUGAAAAAAGAUAUGUAUUUAAUAAGCGCGAUGUCUAUAUAUCGCGAAGCGUAUAGGCAAAUAUUGUAAAACAAACGAGCGUUCGGCAGGAUCUUUAGGCUAACACUUUCCUGUUAUUUUUAUUAUCGUUAAACAUUGAUGUACGUUAUUUGGUCAAGAGAAUAUUUCUGCGUAAAUUUGUGUCUGCAGUACAUAAUUUACCUCCGAUACUUUAAAAACCUAUAUAGAGAAAAUCUAUACAAUAAUCAUAUACUGUUUCUUUAAUGUGCAAUAUGCAAUAUUGACAAAUAGACUCUCGAAAAAUAUAAAAUAACGACAAAUCUCGCGCAUACAAGUUGCAGCUGAAAUGUUAUGUAUAAAUCGAUGCAGAAAUGUUACAUACCAAAGUUCGUUAUAAAAAUGAAAAUAUAACACGUAACUUUAAAUAGUGUCUGAAUUAAUUAAACUACAACGUAUAUUUAUUAUAUGUUCGAUCAAGAGCAACUGUAUUAUACUUAUUAUCUCGUACAGUUAAUCUUGCAGUAAGAAAUAAUGAUCGAAGCGUAAAAUUAUUCAUUACAACAAUUAGAGAUUAUGACGCAACAAAUUACAAACGUGGCCUCUCUGUACAUCGAGCAAUCUCUGUAUCUCAUUUGCGCUUACACUUUCGUAAAAUGAGCUUGCACAAAAAUA